AUGGUAAUGAUGCAAUCGCCAAAGUCUGACUGCGGGCACCCGGAAAGCCCUUCACUGUCGCAACCCAGUUCCCCGCCAGCCGCCACCGAGACGACGGCCGGUUCCGCUUCGCCCAAGACGGGCCUGCUGAAAGGCGCCACACAGGAGCCCGAGCCGCCGGUGGACGGUGGCACUAACGGAGGGCUGCUGCUGCGGUUCGCCGAGGAGAGGAAUGGCGGCAGCAAGUGCCCCGGCACCUUCUUGGAUUUGCGCGCCAACAACCUCAGUGCCAGCAGCAACAGCGAUAGCAGCAGCAGCGAGGCGCUCGACGGCGACCACGACCACGAGCCGGAAGGGGACGGGCUCGGAGAGCAGGCGACCGACAGUAGCUUUGCGUCGUCGGCGGCUGAACAGCAGCAACAGCAGCAGCAACAGCAGCAACAGCAGCAACAGCAGCAACAGGCCCAAGAGCGAUCGGUCAAGUUGUCCAUCGAGCGGCUGAAGCAUCUAGCGGACGGUCAUGCCCUGUCGGUGCGUCACCAUCCGCUCCACCAUCACCACCAUCACCACCACCAUCAGCAUCAGCAUAGUGCGGCGCAGUCGGCGGCUGAACAGCUCGUGCUGGCCGCCGGCGGCCACUUCGCGUCCGGCCCGGCCCAUCCGCCCAUGGCGGCCUCCGUGGUUUCUGUGAUACCGUCCGGUUCCGUACUGCCCCCGCUCCAUCCCGCCGCCCUGCAUCCCGGCCACCCGCCGCACCACACGCCGGUGGCGGCUGGUAUAGCGCCGCUGCAGCCGUCCUCGUGCUUCCCGCACGCGUCCGCGUCCGCCUCAGCACCCGCGCACUCGGCGCAUCCCCAUCAACACAGCCACCAUCAACGCCACCAUCAGGCCGCGGUCGCGGCGGCUGCAGCGGCGGCUGCGGCGGCUGCUGCCGCUGCUGCUGCCGCCGCCGUUGCCUCCGGCUCCACCCCAUCACAAUCGCAACCUCAACACCUACAACAGCAACAGCAGCAACAGCAGCAGCAGGCGGCUAGAGAGCAACAGCCUCCGCAGCAGCCACACGAGCCGCCUCACCCGCACCAACAGUCGCCCGGGACACUGCUUCCGGCCGCCCACCCGUUCGCUAUCAAAUACCCCGCGGGCAGCGCCUCACCGACCGAUCUCGAGAUCGAGCGGUUUAAGAUAGCGCGCACCGCGAUCAACAACAGCGCCGCAUUCGCAGCCGCCGCCGCCGCCAAGGAGCUGUCCGACAUCGGCUUCAGGAUACAGCUGCAGGACGGCGGCCAACACGCCAGCAACUACGCACGCAGCGACACGAGCGAGGAGCUCAUCGUCGACGGCAACGAAGAGUGCUCGCAGGAUGCCAUUUCGGGCUGCCCGGUGGAUCUGACGCGCUCGAUGGAGAACGGCAACGACUCGAAGCCGCUGACGAUGCGCGACACCGACAAGGAGGCGGCCUCCAAGCGGCUGGCGUUCUCGGUCGAAAACAUUCUCGACCCGAACAAGUUCAACGGCAAACACACCGGCGGCGUCUCGGCGAGCGUUGGUGGGCCGGCGUCGGCGGCUCUGUUCGGCGCCAAGAUGAACGGUGCCAGCAAGAUAGCUGCCAUGCUGGGCAACACUGCCGGGGCCAACUACAACAACAACAGCUGCACCGUCAAUAACAACAACAUCAGCAGCAGCAAUAACAACAACAAUGGCAAGCUGUGGGGCCAGGGUGCGAUGGAGCGGGACGACAAGCUGGACGACGAUCACAGCGAUUCACGCUCAGUGAAAGAUGUCAACGACAUCGACCAGGACGACAUGGGCGACGACACGAUGGGCAGCGACAUGGAGGACCACGGGAGCGAAACCGACUCCAAAAAGGACGGCUCGAACAAUCGGAGCGGCGAGGGCAAGUCGCAGGGCAACAGCUCCAAGCCGAGACGCGCCCGGACGGCAUUCACCUACGAGCAGCUCGUCUCGCUGGAGAACAAGUUCAAAACCACGCGCUACCUGUCGGUCUGCGAGCGGCUCAAUCUGGCGCUCAGCCUCAGCCUCACCGAGACUCAGGUCAAGAUUUGGUUCCAGAAUCGGCGAACGAAGUGGAAAAAGCAGAACCCGGGCAUGGACGUCAACAGCCCGACGGUGCCGCCGCCGAACAGUGGCGGCUCGUUCGGACCGGGCUCGUACGCCAGCAGCCUGCUGUACCCGCACGCCAUGCCCUACCCGCCCUACGGACCGUACUUCCACCCGCUCGGCGGCCACCAUCUUGGCCACUCGCACUCGUAAUCGUGCGGCCUGGCCUGGCCCCCCAUCCCGGUUGUGCAAUAGUAGGAGUGUCCCAUCACCCCAUCUUCCAUCCCGGACGCCAGGGAUGACUUCCAGCAGUGGCAGCCGGUCGCAUCCAAAAGAACAAAAACCAAAGGG